CUUUGGUUUCAUCAUCUAUCAAAUCAAUUUGUGAUAUAAUCGGUUGACUGUGAUAAGUGUUAGAUUAAAAACAAAAAGAGUAAUGUAAAUAUGACUUGUUGGAAAGCUUUUCUCGAUAAUUUUACUUCAUCCCAAGCUUCCAAUCUCAUCACAUUAAAUAAUUCAUAAGUUCAUCGGUUAUUAUUAGCAAUUAGAAUUGAAAUUUCUUCCAUUAUUCAUCCCAAAAAGUCAAAUCAUAAAAGGAAAACCAGAAAAUAUAUUCUGGUUGUCAACAAAUCCACUCCAAUUGGGAUAAAGUCAUCUCUGUGUUUAGAUACCGUUUGAAAACUGUGAUUUACUUUUUUAUAUUUAAUUUUUACUCUUUUUAAUUGUGAUUUACUAGUAAUUGAAUAGUGAUUGUUCAUCUUUAAACGAUUAAAUUAUAAAAUUCACCAUGAAUAAGGUUGUAUUUCUUUCGCUUGGAGGAAUUGGACUUGUCCUUGCACUUGUAUCUGCAAUACUUUUGAACCAAUUUCCCAAUAUAAUACAAAAGCAAGUUAGAAAGCAACUUGUUAUCAAAGAGGGAUCAGAGGAUUAUGAUAAAUUCAUCUCGCCCGAUGUACCAAUUUAUUUGAAAUUUUAUCUGUUCAAUGCUUUGAAUCCUGAUGAAAUAAUUGCCGGUGAAAAGCCAAAAGUUGAAAUAAAAGGACCAUACAGUUUCAAGGAAAAACGGGUUAAAGAAGUUGAUCAGUUUUCCGAUUCUGGAGAUGCAGUUUCUUAUAAAGAAGUGAAAACUUACUUUUAUGAUCCAAAGACUUCUAGAAGAAGCGGUUCCUUGGAUGAUAAUAUUACUCACAUAAAUGUACCAGCAAUGACUGUUAUGAGUGCAUCAUACCACGCGGAUCCUCCCUCCAAAGGAUAUUUUAUCCGGGCACUUUUUGAACCAAAAAUUAAUCCUAAAAUGUUCUUACAACACACAGUUGGCGAAUUGCUGUUUGAUACAUAUCCCAUUGAAUUCAUAGAUGAACUGAAUCAAAUUCUCACAGAUCUUCAUCAACAAAAACUUAAUUUAUCUGAUUUUGCCUAUUUUAUGGAUAAAAAUGCUACUGAUGAAGGAACAUUUGUAGUUAAAACCGGAAAAGACAAUAUUAAAGAUCUUUUGGCCAUUGAAAGUUGGAAAGGCAGCAACAAUGUAGAUUUCUGGGUGAAUGGCAGUAAAUGCGAUAACAUUGUAGGUACAGAUGCUACUGGAUUUGCUCCUAACGUCAAGAAAAACAGUAAACUUGAAAUUUUCACCACUGACCUUUGCAGAUCAUUUCCAUUGGUCUAUCAAUCUAAAUCAAAAGUGAAAGGAAUUGCAACUCACAGAUAUGUAAUUCCUGCCGAUGCUUUCUAUGGACCAGCUAAAAAUCCAGAUAAUCAGUGUUACUGUAUUGCUUCGAAUGAGACAGAUUGUAAUCAUAAUGGACUAUUAGAUAUAUCAAGCUGUCGACAAUACGCUCCGUUAGUUGCUUCAUCACCCAUGUUCUUCCAAGCAGAUGACGAUUUAUAUGAUGCCAUUGAUGGUCUUGACGAUAGAAAGGCUGACCGUUAUCAAACCUAUCUUGAUAUUGAGCCAAUCACAGGAAAAGUUUUGUCAGCAUACAAAAGACUGCAAAUUUCCGCUUGGUUAAAACCGGAUUACAAUCCUAAGAAUACCAAGGCCAACGUUUUCUUGCCGCUUCUCUGGGUUGAAGAAGGCUUCACUAUAACUGAUGAGCUUGCGGAUGAAUUCAAAUCAAAGGUCACAAAAAAAGUGAACCUUGGAUCAAGCCUGAUUAUCACUGCCUUAAUCAUCGGGUUACUUUUGGUUGUUUCUGGCUUAGGAUUGUUCUUUUAUCAUAAAUUCCGAGCAGAAAUCGACAAAUACAAAAUGAAUAAAAUUGUAUUUAUUGCGCUUGGAGGCUUUGGAAUUGUCCUUGCACUCGUAUCUGCCAUCCUUCUGGGUCAAUGGUCCAACAUAAUCCAGAAGCAAGUCAAUAAGAAACUUGUAAUCUCAGAGAAAUCGGAAGAUUAUGAUAAAUUCGUCGCGCCUGAUGUACCAAUUUAUUUGAAAUUUUAUCUGUUUGAUGUUAAAAAUCCUGACGAAAUAAUGAAAGGUGGAAAACCGAAAGUUGAGCAAAAAGGACCUUACAGUUUCCUGGAGAAACGGGUUAAAGAAGUUGAGAGUUUUUCGAAAGAUAAAGUUACUUACAAAGAAGUAAAAACAUACCAUUUUGACCCAGAAACAUCCCAUAAAAGCGUUUCGUUGAAUGAUGCUUUUACCCACAUUAAUGUACCAUGGAUGACUGUCAUGAGUGCGUCAUUUCAUUUACCUGGUGCAGGCCAAGGAAAUAUUUUCAGACAACUUAUUCCUUUGAAGGUUCCUAGCUUUAAAGCUCCUGUGCAAAUGUUUUUAAAGCAUACCGCUGGCGAAUUGCUGUUUGAUACAUACCCCAUUGAAUUUAUUGGCGAUAUUAAUAACCUUCUAGCCCAAAUUAAACAGCACCAAGUUAAUUUAACUAAUUUUGCAUAUUUUAUGGAAAAAAAUGCUACUGAUGAAGGAAGAUUUGUGGUAAAUACUGGAUCGAAGAACAGCAAGAAUCUUCUGGCAAUCGAAUCAUGGAAGGGUAGCAACAAAGUAGAUUUCUGGGUGAAGGACUCUAAAUGUAACAAUAUAGUUGGAACAGAUGCAACAGGAUUUGCUCCUGGUAUCAAGAAAAACAGUAAACUUGAAAUUUUCACAACUGAUCUUUGCCGAUCAUUUCCAUUGGAGCGCUUGUCUGAAUCUGAAGUGAAAGGGAUUUCUACUCAUAGAUAUGUAAUUCCUGCCCAAGCUUUCUAUGGACCAGAUAAGAAUCCAGAAAACAAGUGUUUCUGUAUCGCUCCAGAUAAAAAAGAUUGCAAUCAUAAUGGCCUAUUGGAUAUAUCAAGCUGUCGACAAUUUGCUCCAUUAGUUGCUUCAUCACCUAUGUUCUUCCAAGCAGAUGACGAUCUAUUUACUGCCAUUGAUGGUCUCCAUGAAAGAAAAUCUGAACUCCAUCAAACCUAUCUUGAUAUUGAACCGAUCACAGGAAAAGUUUUGUCAGCUUACAAGAGAUUACAAAUUUCAGCUCAUUUAAAACAAGAUUACUGCCCUGUACCCACCAAAGCUAACGUUUAUUUACCUCUUCUCUGGGUCGAAGAAGGUUUUUCAAUAGAUGAUGAACUUGCUGACGAAUUCAAAUCAAAGGUCACUGCAAAAAUUAAUAAAGCUCAUAAAGCCCGAAAGUUCAUCGUGUUUGGAUUGGUUCUUGGAUUGCUCUUGAUUGUCGCUUGCUUAGGAUUAUUUUUUUACAAUAAAUUCCAAUCAGAUCGUAGAGUCGUGGAUCCUAGAGCCAAGGUGAUGGAAAGUUGGAGAAAAUAGUCUCAUUUAUUAGUUGCCGUUGUUAAUCUGACCUGAUCUCAACCUAUUCUUGUGUUAUCUUUUUAAUAAACUAUUCCAAUCUUUGAGUGCAUUUAUCUCCGACAAUAAUACUUCAGUUUACAUCAAUGUGUUCAAUGCUAAGGUGUUCUAUGUUUGACAUCCAAUAAACAAUGGUAGAUGAUGUUAGUAAAAGGAAUGCCGUAAAGAAGACUGAAAUGUUAAAUUUAUAAAUAUACUUUCUACUAAUGAUUCAUUAAAAUUAAAUACAGAAAUUGGUCAAAAAUGA